UUAAAACAAACCAUUCCUUGAACCGGCGUCGAGCCACCGCGUCUCAUUUUCUCUCUCUCAAACCAGAACUUAAUCCAUUUAAACCGUCCAGAUCCAUCUCCUGUCCCUUCACUCAAUCAACUACACUUGUAAUGGCUUCUUCUUGUCUGAAUCUAUUCUUCUUCUCCUUCCUCUCUGUUUUAUUCAUUACCAAAUCACAAAUCUCUGAUUCGGUCAACGGAGUUAUUUUCCCUGUAACACGAGACCUAUCAACAGGUCAAUAUGUCGCAGAGAUUCUCCUUGGUGACUCGCCGGAGCCAGUUAAGCUCGUUGUUGAUCUCUCCGGUCCGCUUCUAUGGUUUGAUUGUUCCUCAAGGUAUCUUUCCACGUCGCGAAGUCUGAUCUCGGGAAGCUCAAGCGGCUGUCUGAAAGCCAACGUUGGUAACGACAGAGUUUCAUCGCGUGGAGACAAAUGCGAUUUGCUUGUCAAAAACGGCGUCGUUGGGAUCACGGCGAGAGGAGAGCUUAAUAGAGAUGUCUUAACACUGGGAUCUGUUUCUUCUCAAGGAACCGUUGAGGUACUAUUCGCAUGUGCUCCUCCGUUGCUGUUACGUGGGCUCGCUAGUGGAGCCCAAGGAAUAAUGGGCCUUUCCAAGGCCCAGAUCUCUCUCCCUUCCCAACUCGCCGCGGGAACCAACGAACCCCGUCGUUUAACGGUUUAUCUCUCGCCGUCGAACGGGGUCGUCUCAACGAGUUCGGUGGAGGAUGUUUUCGGAACGACUACAGCUAAAUCGUUGAUCUACACGCCACUGUCAACAAGCUCAAGUGGUGAUUACGUAAUUAACGUGAAAUCAAUCAGAGUCAACGGGCUCAAGCUCUCCGUGAACGGCCCGUUAUCGGCAGAGCUAAGCACGGUGGUUCCUUACACGACGCUAGAGAGCUCUCUCUACUCGGUGUUUGCUGAAGCUUACGUUAAAUCUGCGACUAACGCUGAAUCAGUAGCUCCCGUAGCACCGUUUGGUCUAUGCUUCACGAACACGUCUUCGGCUGAAGUAGAUUUUCCGGCUGUUGAAUUUGCGUUACAGAGCGAGAUGGUGAGGUGGAGGAUUCAGGGGAAGAAUCUAUUGGUGGAUGUUGGAGGUGGAGUUCGAUGCUUGGGUAUUGUAGACGGCGGGUUGAACCGGGUUAGACCGAUUAAAUUGGGUGGGUUACAGUUAGAAGGGUUUGUAUUGGACUUUGAUUUGGGUAAGUCUAUGAUGGGGUUUGGUGAAAGGACACGAGCUAGUUUAGAUUCUUUCCGACCAGAAGCUUUGUAGUAAAAAAAAAGAAAGCAUCUUGUUUAAUACGUACAUAUUGUCAGUUUUUGGGCUUUUUGUUUGUUGUGUGUUGACAUAAGAGUAUCGUUUCUUACAUGAGUUACUGUAAGCAACACUACUCAUUUACACUAAUAUGGUUUAGUGGUUCAAUUAAAAGUCUCUAUUAACAUCCGCCAUAGAGGAAAGACUUGAGAAUUAACCAUCUCACCUAACUAAUAUGUGGGGUAAAGUUAGAAGCCUUUAUAUUGGAUUUUGUUUGUUUUGGGUACUUUCACUGACGAACUUGAUUUUGAUUUGAGUAAUUUCAUGUCAAAUAUAGUUGAUUUUGUUUAUUUGUAUAAGAAUUUUAUAUAGGAUUUCUUA